AUGGGAGUUUUGCUAAGAGAAGCGUUGAGGUCUAUGUGUGUUAACAAUCAAUGGUCUUAUGCUGUUUUCUGGAAAAUCGGUUGUCAAAAUUCAAGCUUGUUGAUUUGGGAGGAAUGUUACAACGAAACAGCAUCAUCAUCGUCCUCACUUCCUAGACGAAUCUCAGAACUUGGCAUUGAUACACAAGGGAAUGAGAAAGUUCAGUUGCUUACAAACAGAAUGAUGUUGAACAAUCGAAUCAUUCUUGUUGGCGAAGGGUUAGUCGGCCGAGCUGCAUUCACCGGACACCAUCAAUGGAUUCUUGCAAACAGUUUCAACCGAGACGUUCAUCCUCCUGAGGUUAUCAAUGAGAUGCUUCUCCAGUUCUCUGCUGGUAUUCAGACGGUUGCGGUGUUUCCGGUUGUUCCUCACGGUGUUGUUCAGCUCGGUUCUUCUCUGCCUAUUAUGGAGAAUUUGGGGUUUGUGAAUGACGUGAAAGCUCUAAUCUUGCAACUUGGAUGUGUCCCUGGAGCGCUCUUAUCUGAAAGCUACAGAACAUAUGAGCCUGCAGCUGACUUUAUCGGAGUGCCUGUGUCUCGGAUGAUGCCAUCUCAAGGACACAAGAUCCUCCAGUCUUCUGCUGCUUUCGUAGCUGAAACCAGCAGCAGCAAACCACAUUUCAUCUCUUCCGGACCAUCAGAUCAAAUGCUUGAAGAAGCUUCUUGCAAUCUUGCUGUGGAUGAAGCAAAUCUUGGAGAUAGACAGCAAGAAGGAUGGCAAAACGCAACAGGGUUUCUUGCAGCAGCGCCUUCUCCGAAUCCUGAUGCGUGGCUGAAUCAAAACUUCUCUUCUUGCAUGUCUAAUAUGGAGCAGCAACAACAACAACUACAAUGUGAAGACACCACAAGCUCCAAACGCUCGCUUGGAAGCGGAGACGACUUGUUCGAUAUGUUGGGAUUGGAUGAUAAGAACAGAAGCUGUGAGAACAGUUGGGGAGUUUCUGAGAUGAGAAGGGAGUUAUCUGACUUCAGGAUCAUUCAAGAUUCUGAUUUCGGUUCUUCUUCGAGGUAUGAACUCUCCGGGACAGAUCAUCUCUUAGACGCGGUGGUCUCUGGUGCUUGCUCCUCAACAAAGCAGAUCUCAGAUGAUACAACGUCAGAGUCUUGCAAAACCACUAUGACCAAAGUUAGUAACUCUUCCGUUACCACGCCGUCUCACAGUAGCCCUCAAGGCAGUCAGUUAUAUGAGAAGAAACAAGGGACUCAGGUUGUUGGGCCGUCGCAGGUUUAUGGCUCUCAGAUCAGUUCUUGGGUUGAACAAGCGCAUAGCUUGAAGCGUGAGGGGAGUCCAAGAACAAUGAUCAAGAAUGAGACAGCGAAACCGGUUAAUAACCGUAAAAGGCUUAAACCGGGAGAGAAUCCAAGACCAAGGCCUAAAGAUCGUCAGAUGAUUCAAGACCGUGUCAAGGAGCUGCGUGAAAUCAUACCAAACGGUGCUAAAUGUAGCAUAGAUGCACUUCUUGAACGUACAAUCAAGCACAUGCUCUUCUUGCAAAACGUCUCCAAACAUUCUGAUAAGCUGAAACAAACCGGUGAAUCCAAGAUCUUGAAAGAAGAAGGUGCGUUUGAAGGAGGAGCAACAUGGGCUUUCGAAGUCGGAUCAAAGUCUCUUGUGUGUCCAAUUGUCGUUGAAGAUCUUAACCCUCCUCGCAUUUUCCAAGUUGAGAUGUUAUGCGAACAACGAGGCUUCUUUCUUGAGAUUGCUGAUUGGAUUCGAAGCUUAGGAUUAACGAUCUUGAAAGGCGUCAUUGAGACAAGAAUAGACAAGAUUUGGGCUCGCUUCACCGUUGAGGCAAAUCGAGAUUCGACGAGGAUGGAGAUAUUCAUGCAACUGGUGAAUAUAUUGGAGCAGACGAUGAAAUCUGGAGGAAGCUCAAAGAGUAUUUUGGAUGGUGUCAAAGCUACAAUGCCCAUUGCCAACAACACCUUACCGGUUACUGGUGGCUGUUCAAUGUAA